AUGCUCCGCUCCACCAAAGGCGCCUCCAAGGCGCGCCGGGACCAGAUCAACGCCCAGAUCCGCGCCCUGCGCGACCUCCUCCCGCUGCCCGACGGCGACCGGCCGCGCCUCUCGUACCUGCACGUCAUGGCCCUCGCCUGCAUCUACACCCGCAAGGGAGCCUGCCCGAGCCGGGGGGCGCCCCUGGAGCUGCUGGGGGGGCCGGAGCUCGCCGACCUGGUGGCGUCGCUGCCCGGGUUCCUGCUGGCCGUGACCCGCGAGGGGAAGCUGGUCGGGGUCACCGACAACGUGGCGCAGCACCUGGGCCACUCCAUGGUGGACCUGGUGGCACAAGGGGACAGCAUCUACGACCUGCUGGACCCCGCCGAUCACCCCCUGGUGCGGCAGCAGCUGAGCCUGCCCGGGGCCCCCCAGGCAGAGCGCCUCUUCCGCUGCCGCUUCACCACGUCCCGCGCCUCUCGCCGGCCGAGCGCCGGCCGCAAGCUGGUGCUGCUGCGGGGGCGCUUCCAGGAGCCCCCCGGGCCCCCCGGGGCCGCCCCCGCGCUCUUCGUGGCUUUCUGCGCCCCCCUGGACCCCCCGCCCUGGCCCUGCCCCGACUGCCUCCUGCUGCCGGCCUUCCAGAGCCGCCACGCCCGCGACCUGGCCCUGCUGGACAUCUCCGACAGUGUCCUGGUGCACCUGGGCUACGGCCGGGCGGAGCUGCGGGGCCGCUCCUGGUACCGCCUGCUGCACCCCGAGGACCUCGGCCACGUCGCCCGCCAGCACCUGCGCCUCGCCAGCGCGGGGCCGGAGGCUCGCGGCGAGUUGGUGACGCGGCUGCAGCGCAAGGACGGCCUGGGCUGGACGUGGGUCUACGCCCGCCUGCGGCCAGAGGGGCCGGCCCUGCUCGCCCACAACUUCGUCAUCAGUGAGGCCGAGGCCUGGUGCCUGCGGCAGCAGCUGGCGGCCGAAGCCCCCCCGGGACCCCCGGAGCCGUUCGGGCCCGGCCUCGACUUCCCCGGCGCCGCCGUCGGAGCCGGAGGCGACCUCGGCCCCGGCAUCGAGCUCGGCGUGGGGCCCGGCCUGGGCGACGGCGCCGGACACGGCCUCAGCCUCGCGGUCAGCGCCGGCUGCGGCCUCGGAGCCGACGUCGGACACGGCCUGGGAGGCAACGCCGCGGCCACCGCUGACCCCGGCCUGGGGGCCACCAUCGGACACGGCCUGGAAGCCGCCCUGGGCAGCGGCGUGGAGCCCGGCCUUGGGGCCACCAUCGGACACUGCCUCGGACACGGCGCCGCGGCCACCGCUGACCACGGCCUGGGAGCCACCAUCGGACACGGCCUCAGACACGGCGCCGCGGCCACCGCUGACCACGGCCUGGGGACUGGCAUUGGACACGGCCUGGGAGCCAACACUGCGGCCACCAUUGACCCUGGACUCGGGGCCACCAUCGGACAUGGACUGGGAGCCAACACCGCGGCCACCGCUGACCCCGGUCUGGGGGCCACCAUCGGACACGGCCUCGGACACGGCGCCGCGGCCACCGCUGACCGCAGCCUCGGGGCUGGCGUCGCCCCCAACGUCGGCCACGCUCUCGGAGACGCCGUCGGCCACGGCCUGGGCUCGGACGCCGGCGUCGGCCUCGCCGUGGGAAGCGGCAUCAGAGUGGACGUUGGCCUGGGCCUGGCGGCCGGAGCCGACGUGGGCCCCGCGCUCGGGACUGACCUCGGCCAGGACAUCGGAGCGGGCGGCGCGGCCGAAGUGACCGCCGGCAUCGGGCCGGGGGUGGCCCUCGGCAUCGGGCCCGGCCUGGCCGGCGGCGCCAUCCGGGCCGGCGUCGGGCUGGGCAUCGGCACCGCCGCGCUGCCCCCGGACAUCGGAGUGACCGUCGGGGCCGGAGUGACCGCCGGCCUCGGCCUGGGCCCCGGCGUGGGAGCCGGAGCCGGGGUUGGACUCGGCCUCGGAGCCGCCCUCGGAGCCAACGUGGGCUCGACUCUCCCGUCCGGCACCGGCCCCGGCCUCGGACACAACGUCGGACUCGCCGUGGGCUCCGGGGUUGGACUGGCGGUCGGAGCCGCCCUCGGGCCCGAGAUGGACAUUGGCCUGGGAGUCGGCGCCGCUCUCGCUCCGGACGUCGGCCCCGCCGCCGGACUCGGCCUGGCCUCCGGCCCCGGCUCGGACAUCGGUGUCGGCCUGGCGGCCGGAGCGGCCGGAGCGGCCGGAGGCCCCGGCCUGGGAUCCGCGCUGGGCUUCGCCGUGGGGGCCGCGCUCGGGGCCGGCGCCUGCCCCGGCCUGGGGCCGGACAUCGGCCCCGACCCCGACCUCGGGCUCGGGCUCGGCCCCUCCGCCCCGCUGGGCCCCCCGCUCGGGCUGGUGCGCCUGGCGCCGGGGCUGGGGGUCCCCGAGACCCCCGGGACGGGCACCGAGACCUGGACGCCGCCCUACACCCCCCGGCAGGCGCCCCCCUUCGCCUUCGGGCCCCCCGAGCCCCCCGAGCCCGCGGCCGAGAAGCUCCCGCCCAGCCCCGAGAGCCCGGGGGGGGUCUCGGGGGGUCCCCCCGGGGCUCUGCUGACCCCCGAGACGUCUCCGCCGCCCCCCGCCGCCCCCGCCGGACCCGCCCUGCGCCGGCUGCUGCAGGGCCUGGCUGCCAUCGCCACCCGCGGCGGCCCCCGGCGCCCCUCGGGGGGGACCCCCGGACCACGGCCGGUCCCCCCGCCCCGGUCGCCCCGCGACCCCUUCGCUGAGUUGUAUCAACUCCCCCAGAGCCGCCUCCAGGACGCCUUCCGCAAAGGUGGGGGGCUCGGGGGGCUCGGGGGGUGA